AUGGCGCACUACUCGCUGGGUAGUUUAGUUUCCGACGCGCUGUUUUCGAGGUUCAGUGAGGUGCGGGCUGCCGGCGCGGUGCAUGCAAGUUGUAGCGUUGUUACAGCGCGCUGUGCCAAUGCUGCUCGAUUGGUUGGAAUUAGCGGUGGGCUGCGACCGCUUGUUGACGUGCUGCUGACAGCGUGCAAAGCGAUUCUCAAUGACAAAUGGCGUAAAAUGAUCGCUAAUUGUUUGCGCCAAUAG